GAUUCGUUCCGCCGACAAAAUAAAUGUGCAAAAAUUAAAAAUUGGGAUUCCGACUCUCUAACCAUUAGGCCACUACGUCCCUACAUCUGUCAAGAUGAAGAUGUGGUCCUCUUUCUCUUGAAAGUAUUUCAUUUAAAGAAGAAUGGCAGUGAUAGGGACCUGAUGGUUGUUCAUGCUUUCAUGCAUACAAUUAAUCUGGCCACUUCUGUACAAAUUGCUUUACUGGGGUUUUUGCAGUGUGCUUGGAUUGCUUCAACAACAACUCUAAUAAGUACCCUUCUGUCCUCUGGGUGAGCCAAGCAACCUUUUUCCAUUGCCUGUAACAGUCGUGCUGGCAUUUUGUCCCAUGGAACUUGGAAGCUGCUGAUCCAGGACUUUUUGGUUUGAGGAAGUUUGUCGUUCAGAAGGGAGUGGAGAAAUUGGGCGAAAAUCCAUCUGGCAGUAUAAGUACAGGGAGUGAAACACGAGGUUCCUGACCCUCUGAAGAAGUUGAGGCCACUUGCCCAUUUGCUUCUACAAAGAGUAUGAAAGAGUUCCACAUGAAUUCCACAUACACAGAUACAAUAUUCACACAUUAAUACAUUGCAGCAGGGCUUAACUUUAACACUGCCAGUUCCAUCAACCUAGUGCCUUUCCAUCAACCUAGUAUCUUUCCCACUGGCAUCAUGCAGUCCUUAUUUGAUUACUUUAUAAAGUACACAAUGCUUGUGGUAAUCAUACCCCUUUAAAUGAAGACAAUUCAAAUAGGCUUUAAUUAAAGGAUUAGUUCACCCCAAAAUGUAAACUCUAUGCAAGUAGUAUUGAGAGAUUGAGUAUUGAGUACUGAGAGAUUACUGAUACUUCAAGUGAUGAGAUGAUGUGGCUGGUUUUCUUUGUUGCAGAUGAAUGGGAGAACUCCACACUGAAUAUAUGUUGGAGGACACAAGUAAUAUUCAGGAAAGUAUAUAGGGUUUUGUUACCAUGAGAGGGAGUUCAACAAAGGAGAUCGCAGGAGUUCGGCAAUGGAGGACUCAGGUGUUUGGCGAUGGAGGUCCCAGGAGUUCGGCGAUGGAGGUCGCAGGAGUUCGGCGAUGGAGGUCGCAGGAGUUCGGCGAUGGAGGUCGCAGGAGUUCGGCGAUGGAGGUCGCAGGAGUUCGGCGAUGGAGGUCGCAGGAGUUUGGCGAUGGAGGUCGCAGGAGUUUGGCCAUGGAGGUCGCAGUAGUUUGGCCAUGGAGGACUCAGGAGUUUGGCGAUGGAAGUGGCAGGAGUUUGGCGAUGGAGGACUCAGGUGUUUGGCGAUGGAGGUCGCAGGAGUUUGGCGAUGGAGGUCGCAGGAGUUUGGCCAUGGAGGUCGCAGGAGUUUGGCCAUGGAGGUCGCAGGAGUUUGGCCAUGGAGGUCGCAGGAGUUUGGCCAUGGAGGUCGCAGGAGUUUGGCCAUGGAGGUCGCAGGAGUUUGGCCAUGGAGGUCGCAGGAGUUUGGCCAUGGAGGUCGCAGGAGUUUGGCCAUGGAGGUCGCAGGAGUUUGGCCAUGGAGGUCGCAGGAGUUUGGCCAUGGAGGUCGCAGGAGUUUGGCCAUGGAGGUCGCAGGAGUUUGGCCAUGGAGGUCGCAGGAGUUCGGCCAUGGAGGUCGCAGGAGUUCGGCCAUGGAGGUCGCAGGAGUUCGGCCAUGGAGGUCGCAGGAGUUCAACAAUGGAGGACUCAGGAGUUCAACAAUGGAGGACUCAGGAGUUCAACAAUGGAGGACUCAGGAGUUCAACAAUGGAGGACUCAGGAGUUCAACAAAGGAGACUGCAGAAGUUCAACUAAGGAGACCAAAGGGAUGUGGGAUGUUCAACAAAGGAGAUUGUAGCCACACUGGGUUGUACAUAAUUAUUAACUCAAAUUAUAUAUAGGGAUGAAAAAUAGUUCAAUUGCAUAUAUCAAUAACUCAUUACAGGGCACUGUAAUUUAUUCAUUAAUAUGUCAAUAUUCCAUUCUUCAUAUCAAUUAUAGUGAUAUCUCUUACUGUAAAUUACUGCAAAUCAAACAGUGGUUUGUCCAGCAAAUGGCCGUAAGAUUAACUUUUAAUGUUAAAAGUAACAGGUAAUGUCUUUUUAAUUUCACAUCGUAAGCUUUCAGUAUCCAUAUCUGUAGUAAUUUAGACAAAGCAUAUUGCUUGAUGCAGGGAGACAACAUUUAGUCCUGAAGCUUGAUAUACUGGAAGAGGGUAGUAAUCGCACAAACUGUCAGCAUUGACACACAUGAAUUUUUCUUUUGAAUUUCCUAGGCAAUGAAGUCCAAGAUCAAUCAAAAGCACUGACUGAAGCAUGUCAACCACAAAGUGCACUUGUGUAUGACUGAUAAAAAUCAUUGAUAUUUUUCCAAAAAUGAAGUCCUGAUCUUUGGUGUUCAAUGCAGCAACAAACCCUUUUCUGUACUUUGUGCCUUUGUACACCACUGCUGACACUUCAGACAUGGUUUCUUUUGAAAAGCCAGCUGCCCUUACAGCCUCUUGAAUACGACCACAAUAAAGCUGCUCAUCAUAUUCAUUGAUUUCACCAACAGCUUGAACUGUAGGAGGAAACACUGAGCCACUGCAAAGGUAGACUUGAAGCAACUGAUGCCUUUCUGCCAGAGUUUUGCAUAGAUGAACAAAGUUGUGGAGUUUUCUAGCACAUUCCUUAAAAUAUGAAUGUUUACUCUCAAAUCUGAGGGUCCACAAACGAAUAAGAGGGCCAAUGUGCAGAAAAAGUGAUGUUUUGGCUUCAGUGGAUUGUUAGGAAAUAGGCUACAUCUCAAUUGGACAUAAUCUUCUGUGAUUGUCUUCAGGGAAGCAAUCUGAUUAUGGUGAAUUUUGGGAGCACAAAUUAGUUCGACCAUCCCCUUUAGUUGAAGACACAACUGCCAGACUUGACUAUCCAUUGGAUUAUGUAUCCUAUUGCCAACUAACAAUGGCAACAUUCGUAACAGACACCAGUUCUUUGCUGCAGAGCCACAAAGCCUCUUGCCAUCAGCCUUCACCUCACAAGGUUUGUUGAGACCAUCACUUCCUAAGUAUUUAAAUUGUGUGAUGCUUCUAUUUAGUUGAGCAUAUGUGAACUGUUUUUCUUGUUUCACCAGAUGAUCAAAAUACAAUGCCAAGUCAUAGGAAACGACUCCUUCAAAAAGAUCAUGGCCCAAACAUGGAGGUAGCCCAGUACAAACAUGAAAAUGUUUCAAUGAAUUGAAAGGCGAGUUAAACUUGACUCCCUGUACUACAUCUUGACCAGUGGUGGAAAGCUAUUUCACAUUCUCUUUGUGACCCUCAACUGUUUUUUUGGGGCCUAGCUUCAGGGGGGUCUUCUGAAAAUCACUGCUGUUAAUCAAGCAGUAUCUGCAAAAAUGUAUACUGCUACUAAAGUUUUCACAGAAGCCUCCAAUACAGUGGGAGCCAAGAUUAUCACCACAGAUGGAAAUUACAGAUGCUUUUCUAUUGCCAUCUUCUGUAUCAAUUCCUGCAUCUUCCAAAUCUUUAAGGUCUGUGAUAGUACUUGAAAUCACCUUUUCAAUUCCAAAAGUCUUCAAGUCAUUCUCUCUGCAGAGCAGGACCAACUGCAUCGGAUCUACUAGGGAGCGGUUUUGUGGCUCUAACUCACCAAGGCUCAUGUACAAACUGCUAAGAUCUUGUGUUUUUUUUUCCUGAGCCAAGUGGAUUUGCAACGUCAAAUGCAUCCUGGUAAAGAAUGAGAGACAAUGAAGAAGUGCUUUUUAAGAGAGAAUUUUCUUUUAUAUGUUUUCCAUCCAAUACAUCCUCCAAAACCAUGUCAUCUCUGUUGUGACAUCUUGCUUGGCUGCACUGUACUUUAACACUGGAUUGUCUGAAGAGGGUUUGCAAUGUCUCCUUGAUAGGCAAAAACUGGCAAAGGUGCUCCUUGCCAGCAGUAUCAGUUCCCAGAUAAAUUGGUAUUGGCUCAGUGUAAUCAAAAUGCUGCUUGUAGAAUGUUUUUCUUGUUUUGUCUGAUCUCAGUGGUCCUUCAUUGUACAGACUGAAGAGAUCCUCUUUACUGAGACUAUGAAGUAGUUGAUCUAUCUUAGUUUGUGGAAUAUUCAGUUCUUAAAGUUUUUCUUUCAACUUGUCAAAGAAGUUUGCAAAACUAGAGGUAUGAAUAUGCUGAAACCCUUCAAUAAUGCACUGUGUAGUGCUAGCUGGCAACUGCAUUUUUGCAUGCAUUUUCAGAUAGAACUGGGCCAAAUCAUGUAAAAAUGAUUCAUGCACAACACAUUCCUCCUCUGCAUAAUCAGCUAUUGAUGAAAGAAAAAGAUUGAACUCAGGAGUACCACUGAUCACUUCUGAGGGACUUGACAUCAGAGCAGUGGCAACCUGCAAAGUGUUUUCCUUUGUAACAGAAAUGAGUCGAACCAGACAAAUCAAAGAGCCUAUCAAAACUGUGCGUUGAAACAGUAGCCGAAUUCCUCAGGAAGUCAUAAAUAAGUUCUAGUGCCACAAGAACCAAGCAAGAUGACCAACCAACUUGUUCACACAACAGCUUUCAACAUUAACACCAC